AUGUCAAAAGUCUUAGCUACGAGGCUGAGUAAAGUGAUUGAAUCCCUCAUUGACAAGUCCCAGACAACUUUCAUUAAAGGAAGAUGUUUUUUGGACAACAUUCUUGCGGCAAAGGAACUCAUCUUUAGUUUGCAAAAAAGGAAAAUUUUGGGUCAUAUAGUCAAAGUUGAUUUCGCCAAGGCUUUUCACAUGGUGGACUGGUAUUUUCUCGAUGAGCUUCUUCACGCUUAUGGUUUUGGGGAGAGAUGGGCUGGAUGGAUCAAGGCUAUUCUUGUCUCUUCAAAAGCUAACUUUAUCAUUAAUGGAGAUAAGUCUGGCUAUGUUAGAUAUCUCAGGGGCCUGCUACAAGGUGACCCCCUCUUCCUUCUUGCUUUGCUUUGGUCUCUGAUGUGCUCAGCUUGA